AUGGGUCCCUGUUGUGUCGAAGGCUGUGAAAUUACAAACGAAGAAACUUUCUAUUUUGAGUUCCCAACGAGCCGUACGUUGCGUCGGAAAUGGUUGGAGCUGAUCCCUAUCCCCGGCAAGCUGUUAUUAGGCACCGUCGUCUGCAGCCGACACUUUAGCACCACGGAUUACGAAAAUGUUAGGGGUAAAGUGCGACUUAAGAGCAAGGUGGUACCUAGUCUGCUAUUGGAUGUUAAGAAAACGCCACCAAACGACACACCCCCCAACGAAGUCACGCCAACAGCACCAACAAAAGAAGAUAAACAAAAAUCACCGUCACCAGCUAAAUCACCAUCACCAGUAAAAGAACAAGCUAAAUUACACACAGAACAGGACAGUCCACCCACAGAAAAAAACAAAUCACUUACAAAACGGGCCAGAACGUCCAUACAACAAGAUAAAGCCAGAACACCCACAAAACGGGACAGAUCACCCAAAGAACGGGACGGAUCACCUACACAACGGGACAGAUCACCCACACAACGGGAUAGAUCACCCACUCAUGGGGACAGAUCACCUACUCAACGGGACAGAUCACCCACGGAACGGGACAGAUCACCGGCGGAACGGGACAGGUCACCUAUACAACCUCAAACGUCCAGAACCCCGUCCCCUACGAAGCCAGAGACAUGUGAGGUCCCUUCUCUGGUGGACGCUGAGAAAAUGAUCGAUGACUUGCAAAAGGAGGCUUUGUCCAACAAAACUAAAGUUGGGAAGAAACAAAAUGGCGUUAGUAAUGAACGCGUGGCUGUUGUACAGAGCGCACCCCCAGCCCCCCCAGCACCCCCACCGCCACCAAUAGACCAAAAAGAGGACAUAGAAGACAUGAUAACGAACUACCACAUCAAGAAUAAGGUGCCGAACCCCGCCCUCCUGGCAGACCUGGCCCCCGUAGACACAGAGCCCCAACCACAGGCCUCGGAGACCAUAGAAAUUGAGGACGUGAAGGAAGCUGAGCCUGUGUUCAUUGAGCUAUCAGUUGGUAAAGAUGGAAGUGCGGUAGGCGGCGGCAAUGAAGACUGCCUGAUGGUGCUGGAGAGCGUCCAGGUGGACGUGGACCCCAGCACUCUACUCCUGGCCCACGAUGACGACUAUUAUCGAGAUGAAGAGGAAUCCAAGGAUGAAAACAGGAAAGACGACCCGAUCAGCCUGCUCACCUCCAGCGAUGAAGAUGACGUCAUACUCCAGGAACCACACAUCGACACAGUCGAGGUAUCAGACGAAACGGACGAGGAUGACAAACCACUAGUCACCCUCGUCAAAAACAAACCAACAAAGAAAAUGAAGGUUUUGAAGAAAAAAUCCAAAGACAGAAGAAAGUUUAGAUGGAGCAUGUGUGACUUUUACUGUGUGCAGUGCCAUUAUAGUACUAAUAACAGUGUGGAUUAUAAUAAGCACCUGUCCACGCACUCCACCGUACUCCAAGUCUGUUCCAUUUGCAGCUACACGUCGGCAAGUAAGUCCAAUUUUGCUAGACAUACUAGAAACCAUAAGGUCGAAAAAAAAUUCAAGUGCCACCUCUGUGAAUACAAAGCGAGACAUAAAAUGAGCCUUAUCUACCAUCUCAAAAGCCACGAUCCGCAAGAAAUAAACGCAACAUCAACGUUAGCUAAUUUCAUCUGCAAGAAUUGUAACUUUAAGUCCAGGGAUAAGGUCAAAAUAUUUGGGCAUUUGCAAAAUUGCGAUCGGAUUAAAAGGCAUUGCUGUGAUAAUUGUGACUAUGUGACUAAGAAGCGAAGUGAUUUGAAGCGGCAUAGGGCGAGGAAGCAUCCUGAGGAGUGCGAAGAUGAUGAUAUGGAAUAUGUACCUAAAUCCAAUGGGGAUAAGACUGCUGUUAGGUUAGUAGAGUAA